AUGGCAUUCGAGCGAGCGAGUGUCGCACCGUCCGCAUGGUAUGCCGCCGCUGCAUCGUACUCGAGCCGUUGCACAACUAAAGCAGGCACGGAAUGUCUUGACGGUAAUUCUAUGAGUGCGGUCUUUCCCUUCGUUGCCCGGUGUAUGAUGACUGAUUUCAUGUCGGUGGAGGGUAUCACUGUGAUGUGUCAAUAUGGUUCAACCCGGGAGAUUCCUAGUCGCAUACGUCCUCGAAAAGUGCCGGCCGCACUGGGCACAUUCGAAGGGUUUCUCCUUUGUAUGACUUCGCAGGUGACGUUUCAGAUGCUCUGGUCGUCGAAAGGUACUGCUACACACGGAGCAUUGAAUAUGCCCUGCACCCAGUUCUGUGCCCAGUUCCUCCCCGUUCUGAUCAUCCGUCUCUUGGCGUUCGACGCUGAUCUCUCGGGCAGGAAUUGGAUCCUCGCUAUUGUCUUUGCCCGAGAGCAUGACUCUUAA